ACUUUAUAAACUGUUAACUAGUCAGUCUAGUGUAGACUGAAAAUAUUUAAAUAUUUGGAUGAUGUUAUUGUUAUAUUAGUGACAAAAUUUCUUCAAUCUUUGCUGUUUAACUUGAGAAUAUUUAGAUAAGAUCUAGAGUAGUCACUAUUAUUCACUAAUCUAGCUAGACUAGUGUCUUAGACGACUUUUUAAAGACUUAGUUACUAGUUAGUACUUACUAACUUAGUCUUAGUAGACUGUCUAGUGACUAGUCUAGCUAAGCUAGCACUCAGUCUCAGUUAACUCAGUAGCAGCAGCAGCUACUAGUUGAGCUAGCUACACUUAGACUUAGACUAGAUGAUAGAUCUAUCAAAAAAAAAGAAAAAACUUUAUAAUAAUUUCAUAAAAUCAUUAACUUGCCUUAUUACUUAAUAAUAAGUUAUUAUAAGAAUUUAGAUGUACAUUAUAUUAUAUUUGACUCUCAAGAUAGAUAUAAUUGUCACUCUAUAAGUUAAUGGACAUAUAAAAUAUUCUUUAAGAAAAAAAAUGGGAAGCCUUUUUAGUAAAAAAACAAAGACAAGCAGAGUUACAGAACAAGACAAAGCUAUACUCCAACUGAAACAACAAAGAGACAAGCUAAAACAAUAUCAGAAAAAAAUUAGUUCACAGCUAGAGAGGGACAGAGAUGUUGCUCGUGCUUUACUUAAAGAUGGAAAGAAAGACAAAGCCAAGUUGAUGCUCCGCAAAAAGAAAUUUCAAGAAACACUUUUGUCUAAGACAGAUACACAGUUGGACAACAUUGAAAAAUUGGUCCAUGAUCUGGAGUAUGCGCAAGUUGAACAGGAAGUGGUGAAAGGUUUACAGAUAGGAAAUGCUUCUCUCAAGAAAAUGCAUGAGAUACUAUCUCUUGAAGAUGUUGAGAGAAUUAUGGAUGAAACUCAGGAGGGAAUUGAAAAACAAAGAGAAAUCGAUGAACUUCUAUCUGGUGGAUUGUCUGCUCAGGAUGAAGAUGAUGUUCUUGCUGAACUAGAUCAGAUUAUCAAGAGUUCUAAUGAAGAUUUUCAAGAAGAUGUUGAAUUACCUGAUGUGCCACACGAGAGAAUAGGAGAACCCAACAAACCUUCAGUGGCCAAGAAAGCCAAAACUGCUGUUCCAGCAUCUUGAUACCAGUAGCAAGUUAUAGUGAGCAUUUAGUUUAAAAAAUAUUGUUAAAUGAAUAUCAUGUAUUGAUAUUGAAGUAUUUUAAAAUGAUUUAACCAAUUUGAUCAAAUGAGUCAUUGUCAUUUUAAAGAGGAAGAGAGACUUCUUGCUAAAUGUCUAAUAGACAUCAUACAUUUUUUUAUUUUUAAUAUUUCUAUAAUAUUGAAUUAUUAUUUUGAUGGGCAUUUGAUGCCUUUAGAACCAAUAGAAGUGAAAUGUAUCUAUCUUCUGUAUUUAUUGUUUUGUUUUUUUUUAAUUGAAAGGGUAAACCAAUUGAUUCCUUAAAUUAGAUUUAUAGUACAACAUUGUACUUAUGUGUACAAGAGAGAUUCUAAUUGUGUCGGCGGCCUGAACUAAUAUGGAAUUGUGUGGCUGGAAGAGGCUUUACAUUUUGAUUUUCCUAUUGUAAAGUUGAGAAUUUGAUGUGUAUGAUACCUGACCAUAGGAUUGGUUGAUUGUGAUUGGUGAAUGGUGCUCCUGAUUGGCUGAAAUUGAGACAACCUUAUUCAGAUUGUCUCCAUAUACGCUCUAGAAACUUAGUGCUGAUAGAAAAAAAAAGUUAAAAUUAAGAAAAUAAUUUAAAGUACUGGCAUUGACUCUAACAAUUUGUAUUCACAUAUACAUUUAAGGUACUGGUAUAUAAAUCAUAAAGUUGUAUAAAAAUAGAAAAGACCCCUGUAGUAAUAAUAAACAGAUAAACAAUAAUAAAUGAGUCUCAUAUUGAAGAUAUAUCAGUAUUCUUCAAGCACGUUAACUUGCAACAAAAAUGUGCAUUGGUUCCUUAUAAUAAAAAUCUGUCUAUGGGACAAUGCUAAAAUGCUUAGGACAUUUUAGUCAAAUGUAAUGAUUGUGAAAACUUUGUACUGUCUUUUUUUCCAACAAACUCUGAUAGCACAUUGACUCCCAAUUAAAUACUUUCUUGUAUAUUAUUUUUUUCUCUAUUGAAAAUAUAUUUAUUUAAAGUCUAAUGUAUUUGUUUUUUUGUUGGGUUUUUUCUUUUUGAAGAAAGGGUCAUUAAUGUCAUUGCCAAAUGAAUAUAAUUAGAACAUCUGAAAUAAAAUAAGCAAACAAUUAAUUUCUCCAAUUUGACUUUUUAACAAAGAAAAGUGUACAGUAUUAAUAUUAUAGAAAAAUGUUGAUGUAUUUCUGCCCUUAUCUGGAGCUUCAAGUGUUACUUUUUUAAUACAUUUUUAUAGAUCAAGGAAAAUAUAUAUGUCAGAAUUUAUCUAUAGCUAGUUUAUUCCUCUUGGCCUCAUAAAUAACAUGCAUACUAGAUUGACACAUGGAUAUAUGUAGGACAUAAUUAUCUUCUGUUAUAAUGGAACAUCUGUAUAUUGCAUUGUCAAGUCAAGUUUUCUGAGAAAUACCUCUUUUUUUUUUGCCAUUAUUUAGUUUUCUGUUGAUGCCAUUUCUGGUUUGUCUUAUUCUUGAAUUUUUAAGACAUAAAUCUGUCUGCUGAAACUGUUCCUGUUUAACAUGUUAAUCUGUUGACAGUAGGUUGCAAUAUUGCAUUAUGAUUGUCCUUAAUAUGGUCUGUAAAUGACACCUCAAAUUCCUCUAAGGCUAUUUUGAUGGAACACAUCUACCAUCUUUGUUCUUCUUCAUCUUUUACUUCCAUUCUGGUGAUCAGAUGUUUGAUGGUUUUUUUUUAUAUUUAUGUAAACAAAUGAAACUAUAUUGUCAACCAGUUUCUGGCUGACAGUAAAUAUGAUUGUAUAUUUAAUAAUAUAUUGUUUUUUUUUAAACAAUAAGAAAUUACUAGUGAAUAUAUAAUUAAUAUAUUUUUAAUGACCUUUUUUUUUUAAAGAAAUAAUAAAAACCAUUAAAUUAUUUAGUGUCUGUUUAUUAAUGAAACAUGUUUUAACUAAAUAGUUUUCCUGAAAGUUUUUUUUUUUUUGGCAAUACAAAGGUAAAGACAUUUUAUACCAAAAUGUUCAGAUAUUUAUACUUUGCAAUAGAUUUUUGCAAUGUUUUCAAGCUUUCAAAUAUCCUACAAUUAGAUAUAAUUAUGAAUGAAUGUAAGCUUUAGCUUGAAGGGUUUCACUAAGACUGGUGUCUGUAAUAGACUUUAAUUGUCAGUUGUACUUAUUAAGUUGUUAUUACUUGUGUAUCUGUUUUCAUUUUCAAAAAAAAAGUUUUGAGUAAUUAUGAAUGUGUUGAAUGCAUUUUGUUUAUUUUGUUCAAUUAUUGUAUAAUUAUUUUACUUUUGAUUGUUUCCAAUGUAUUUUCUUAUAAAAUGCUAUGUGUAUAUUUUUACACAAAUAGAAAUAUUUCUUUGAUUCUUUAUCGAUUUCAGCAUUUUAUUUUGUAAUAUUUCUGAUUCUUGAAGCUCAUCUUCUGGCUGUUGCUAAUAAACUUAUAAAAUAAAAA